UCCUCCCCGCCCUCCUCUUCACCAUGUUCCGCUUUGUCCGAAACCUCCAGUGUGUCCACCGCAAACUCCGAGUGACACAGGGCUGUCAACUAUUUGCAAAAAACUCGCUCCCGGCUGCUGCUGUUGCCAUCGGUAAAAGGAUGGCAAGUUCUGACGGAUACAGAAUCGAGUACGAUACUUUUGGUGAACUGAAGGUGCCAAAUGACCGAUACUAUGGAGCUCAGACAGUGAGAUCAAUGAUGAACUUUAAAAUCGGAGGGGCAUCUGAGAGGAUGCCAAUCCAAGUGAUAAAAGCAUUUGGCAUAUUGAAAAGAGCUGCUGCAGAAGUGAAUAUGGACUAUGGCUUGGACCUAAAGAUUGCAAAUGGUAUUAUGAAGGCAGCAGAUGAGGUGAUUGCUGGAAAAUUGGAUGAUCACUUUCCUCUGGUCGUAUGGCAGACUGGAUCUGGAACACAAACUAACAUGAAUGUGAAUGAAGUGAUCAGCAACAGAGCAAUUCAGAUUCUUGGAGGUAAACUGGGCAGCAAGGAUCCUGUCCAUCCCAAUGAUCAUGUAAACAAGAGCCAGAGUUCCAAUGAUACAUUCCCAACAGCCAUGCAUAUUGCUGCUGCUAAAGAGGUCCAUGAGGUGCUCCUGCCUGGUUUGCAGAAGCUCCAUGAUGCUCUUGACGCUAAGGCCAAGGAAUUUGCAGACAUCAUCAAGAUUGGCCGUACACAUACGCAGGAUGCAGUACCGCUGUCGUUAGGGCAGGAAUUUAGUGGCUACGUACAGCAGAUAAAAUAUGGCAUGGAACGGAUUAAGGCUGCAAUGCCAAGGAUAUAUCAGCUAGCGGCUGGUGGGACUGCAGUGGGAACUGGAUUGAACACGCGGAUAGGGUUCGCGGAGAAGGUGGCUGCCAAAGUUUCAGAGUUCACAGGUUUACCGUUUGUAACCGCGCCCAAUAAGUUUGAAGCACUUGCUGCGCACGAUGCCCUGGUCGAACUGAGCGGUGCCAUGAAUGUUGUUGCGUGCAGUUUGAUGAAGGUGGCCAAUGAUAUUCGUUUUCUGGGCUCUGGACCUCGCUCGGGUUUGGGGGAACUCAUUCUGCCUGAGAACGAGCCAGGGAGCAGCAUCAUGCCAGGUAAGGUAAACCCCACCCAAUGUGAAGCUGUUACCAUGGUAGCUGCACAGGUUAUGGGAAAUCAUGUCGCCAUUACUGUUGGAGGAAGUAAUGGCCACUUUGAGUUGAACGUUUUCAAGCCCAUGAUGAUUAAAAAUGUGCUGAAUUCAGCACAAUUGAUUGGAGAUUCAUGUGUCUCCUUCACAGACAACUGCGUGGUGGGAAUUCAAGCCAACACUGAAAGGAUUAACAAGUUAAUGAAUGAGUCAUUAAUGCUGGUGACAGCACUUAACCCACAUAUUGGUUACGACAAAGCAGCGAAGAUUGCCAAAGCAGCCCACAAGGAAGGCACAACAUUAAAAGAAAUGGCAGUCAAGUUGGGAUUCCUUACUGCAGAGGAGUUUGAACAGUGGGUCAAACCACAUGAAAUGCUGGGCCCUAAGUAAUUUUUACCAGUACUUUGACUCCAAUUGUUUCAUAAUACUGGGAAAUAAAUGUUUUGCAAAACUCCUAAUUACUGUUCUUCUGUGCAAUUUUUGUUAGCAUGGAAAAUAUUAUGGUGAGUGUACUAUUUUAAGACUGAUGAUGGGGGUGGUGUAAAGAGGAGAAACACAUGACUUGAGAUAGUAUUCAAUAUUUUGACUGCUGCAGUCGGUGCUGCUAAUUGAAGAAGUCCAUCUGGAGUUGGGUCUUCUGCCCUGUGCACUGCAUUUCAUCACAGCCAACAGAUGUAGAACUUGUACAUUGUCUGCGGUAAAUGUGAUAAACUCCGCUUCUGAAAUUGCUUUCAUUGACUUCAAGGGAACUAAAUUUGUAGCAGAUUUCAACCCUUGAGUUACCAUACCACACUUGUAAUGUAUGCUCCUGACCUGACAACAAGAACCUACCUGACUCUCCAAUAACAAAGGGAUAAGGAUGUAAUGUGCCCAAAUCACCUGAUUGGCAAGAAUCUGUUCAAACCAUCCAAAGUUGGCAAAUUAAAAUAGUUUGGGGUUUCUUUUUGGACCUGCAUACUGAACUGCCUCAAAGUGGCCUGAUUGUAGCAUACUGGACAUGUAGCAUCACACACAUGCUCCUUGUAUCCUUGGCAAUGGCAUUGUGAGGAAAGUACAGGCAGAAUUGAACAUUGUGUAGGUUGGAUCUAGGGUGUGCUUUUUUUAUUCCUAUAACUAUUCCAAUGUGCCCUGUAUUUUCCAAUGUUUAGAAAAAGGAAACCAACCAAAUUUCUAUUUUUUUUUUCCUUUUGCCUAGGGAUAAUAUAAAGAGAUUGUAACCAACACAAACAAUACAUAAAAUAAACACCAUCAUGAAAUCAUAUUCCACGAAACAAGGCUGUUGGACCCAGUGUCCCUCAGACGGCUCCGUAAUACCUGUCUAAUUCCCUGCCCUGCUCUUCUGCCAUCUCCAGGAAUCCAUCAGACAAACAGUGGAACCUGUUAAUCCUUGCUCUCUUGCCACAAAGUCUCUAUUGACUUUUGAUCUCUUUUGCCCCAUAUCUUACGAAUUGCACUGGUUUCUGAUGGUUGCUAUCUUGCUCCGCUCUUUCUUUCCCUGUCUAACCUUAACACUAUGUCUGCAUCCUCAAUGUCACAGCAACCACACAUUGUGACUUUUAUUUGGCUACUGCAUCAGAAAAUUUUUAGCAAUCACACACAUUAAAUUUGGAAGUCAAAUUACCUAACUGUUGAACACAGGUUCAGAAUGCAGUAUAAUAUUCUUUAGCAUCUGGCUUGACCUGAUUGAGUAUCACAGCCCAGCCUUUUGCCAUUAGUCCCAUAUUCCAUGGCCUCUGUGGUUCUCUGAUGUUCUUGUGGGUUGACCAUUUUGCAUCCUGCAUGAUAAAAUGUCACUGAACCAAGUUCAAUGUGAAAUAUUACAGCCAAGGAGACAUAUUACAGGUGAUGUAACUUACUGAUGAAACCUUGCCACAUUCAUUAAAUAGAAAUUGAGUAUUGGAAAUAAGUUCCAAACAUAUUUUACAGAAAUAUAACAGAAGGUGAGAGGUAACUUAAACAUCUGAGCAAUGUAUUGUACUCAACAUUUGCAAACAGUGUGAUUGCUAUAGAACUUGAUCUGUUAUAUUUUGAGAAAUAAAGUUUAAUAAAUGGCC